AUGACCUCGUCACCAAGAUUCAAGCAUUUGGAGAGUGGACCAAAACGAUCUCCUGUAGAAAUAAAGGAGAAAAUGAGGAAGAAUUACAAAAAUAAAAUUCAAAACUGCCGUGUUAUGCUGUUGGAUAAACUGAGAGGGUCCCUAAUAGAGGAAGAUUUAUGCACUGCCCUAACAGAUAUAUACAAAUCUAUGUUUAAUUUCUGUGAUGAAAUUAUCAGUGAUGAAGAAUAUGAGCUUAUGGAGGAACUCAAAAAUGAACUGGUGCAAGAAGAGUUAGAGUGGUGCAUCAAAGAGUAUGAAAAAAGCCAGCAGGAAAAUGUUGAUUGGUCUUUAGUAGAAGAAGAUAAUAAUGUCAUAUGUCCUGUGUGCCAGAAAACCAAUCUUCAGCUUCAAAGUGAACAUCUGACCUGUUCCAACUGCAAGAGCAAUAUAAAGACGAAACUCUCACUUCCCAAUAUUAAAAAAUCUCUUUUAACUUCUUUGGAAGCACAUAAUGCUUCAUGUAACAGUGAUGUGCAAUUUGGUUUAGUUUCAGAAGAAAAUGAAAGUCAUAUUUACCUUAUUUGUGAAAGUUGUUCUGAAAUGAAAUUAAUAAUAUAA